GAUAAUUUUCGGAGAAGGAAAAUUACCUUUAUAGAAAAGGCAGACGAGCUAAGAAGCGAGUUCGGCUAUAAUAUUUACGUUUUGGGGCAGAGGAACGGAAAACUCUUUAAUUAUAUAUCUAGAAAUAGAUCUAGAGAUAGACCUUCCUGGCUACUUAGCUUAAUAGAAGUCAAUCAGAGUUAUCCUAGGCCAGAGAGAUAUAUACUAGCUAGCUUCUUAAAACGAGAUACUAAAUCUCUGCUCUAUAAAAGCCGGAAGAGACGAGAUAAUCCCAUAGUAAGAAUUAAGAACUUUUAG